AUGUCUACAUCAUUUACUCAUCUGGUUCGAUUACCGUACGAACUAUGGACGAAUCUACCAAUAUGGACCAAAGCAACCAUUUGCCUCACGAUCCCGACUACCAUCUUCCUCUCAGGCUGGUUCAUGAACACCUACCGCAAAUGGAGCGCUAUGGGUCAGGGAGGUCUACCACGGAACGUUUUCGGCUUCGCGCUCGACCGUUUUCUUUGGUUCUUCGUCGCCUCAGGGGAUCUCAGGAGUCAGGAGAUAUAUGAUCGUCCUGAGGCUUUGGGGAGGGGGUGGGCGGCAGCGAGUGGGGAUGAGAAGACGAGGGCACGGACGUCGUUCUUGGGGGAUGGUGGGUUGGAGAAAAGGAAGGGGGCGGGGGGACGGACGCUGCCGUAUGCUUUCCCGCAGAGGGAGAGGUUUGCUAGGGAGUGGCAGGUCCCUAAGGUUAAGGAGGCGUACGUAUCUGCUUUUCAACGACUCUGUGCCGAAAGCAAGGAUACUCAAGUCCGGACACCUUCGCGCAAGCGCCAUGGUGAUGCCUUGUUCUUGCGCAAUACAGCCGCCACACCUGCCGUGGCGAGUGCAUCCAAAGGCGAGAUUGCGCAUAUCCAUACCAGUGACCUUUCGGCGCAUGUUGUGCUCUCUUUGGCGGAUGCGAAGGAAGUUGUGGCAAAGGGCUGGGGGCAGAGGCAUUCGUUGUCAGGGACGAGCAUUCUGCCGCUAGGCUGGACGAUGUUGUAUGUUCCGAGGACCGUGGAGGAGGUUGAUGUGAUGAUUGGGAUUAUGAGGGCUGCUGUUGGGUUUAUGCGUAGUAAUGUAGGGCGUGAGAAGGCGAGAUAG